AGCGGCAGCUCGCGCCAAGUCGCCGCCCUCAAAGGCCAUAGGGGUUCUGUCACGGGCUGCACGUGGUCCAGCGACGGUGUCCACAUUGCUGCCCGAGACGACAACAAUGCUCUACGAGUCUGGGAUGGACGAAAACCCCAGCCGCUAUUACUCGACGGCACCGACUUCAAGACAACCAAUGUCAAGCCUCUAUUCUCCCCUGACAGCCGCUGGCUUCUGGCCCACACUUGGAGGGACUGUGGUGUUUGGGACGUUGGAUCUGGUGUAUACCUCCCACUCCAAUUCCAGCGAAAUGGCGAUGGCGAUUUUGUGAGUGCAGCCGCAUUCAGCCCGGAGAGUACACACCUCGCAAUUGGAUAUGUCAAGGGGCCGAUCCGCAUCUGGUACAUGGCGACUAGGUGCGACCCUCCGCUCCUAUUGAAUGCGCACCGGACCAACGAUGUGGCCUUCUCCCCCGAUGGUCGCCUGCUACUAUCUGCGUCAUGGGACGGCACGGUCAAGAUAUGGGAUGCGUACACUGGUGCCAUCGUUCGUUCACUUGAAGGGCACACCUCACCGGUGUGCACGGCGAGCUUCUCCCCGUGUGGAAAGUAUAUCGCCUCUGCGUCUUCUGACGAGACGGUGAGGGUGUGGAGAGCUAGCGACGGAUCGUGCUUGGCAACGCUCUCCGAUCACGAUCAAUCGGUCUUGCAUGUUGCAUUCACUCCCGAUGGGACAGGGCUGUGGUCUGCGGCGGCAAAUGGGACCGUCUUGGGUCGUCGGUUACAGGACGUCGCCGCGGACGAGUUCAUCUUUUGA